UGAACUUGCAACGCUCUGGUUUGAUCGUUCAAGAAUGGCAACGAAAGAUGUGGCCAGCUGUUGCGACGUGUGUGCGGAGGUAGGAGGCCGGCUAAAGCUAGCCAUGGAAUCCCGACGGCGGCAAGAAGCCAUCAAGACCGGCAGGCCAGACAAUGAAAUCGCCAGAUUUGGUACAGUCGAAGAGAUAUUCUCUAGAAAUUACUGUACAUCGUGUCAGGCACUUCAACGAGAGAUGCAGAGGUGGGAAAGAGACUACGAAUGGUCGCGCUCAGGUGAUAUCAUUCUUCAUGUGAUCGCGACAGAUCCUCCAGAUUUGGGCGGAGGCGCGUCUCUUCAUUCGCAGCCCUUGUAUGUGAUGGCAAAUCGCCAAGCUCUGCAGCAACAAUCCCAGGAGGAUCGUGAGCAUAUUAUCAUGAAUUUGUUCUUUACUGAGCAGGCCGCCCCUAUGGAUCUCCGGGGUAGGUUCUUCGACACUGACAAGAUCGACAUGGAAAUGAUCAAGGGCUGGAUUCAGUGUUGUGAGACCACACACGGGGAACGAUGCACGUCUAAUCUUAUGCAUCACACCGAGUACACGUCAGCGCUGGAUCGAAUGCUACUUGUCGACAUUGAACAGCGGUGCAUUGUCUAUGGGUCACUCGAAAACAGGUAUAUCGCUCUAAGCUAUGUCUGGGGCAAUGUUACAACCAUACGAACAACUUUUGCCAAUCUCGACCGCAUGAUGACACCUGGCAGCAUCAAUUACGACGCUCCCACCUCAGACUCAGAAAUGCCUCUCCCUGAAACGCUCAGGGAUCUUAUGCGUCUCGCUCGCGUAUUAAGUGUUCGUUAUGUCUGGGUUGAUGCCCUAUGCAUAGUACAAGACGCUCCGGACAUGAUUGACCACCUUAACGGCAUGGCGACCAUUUACGCCUCGGCAUUUUUGACUGUAAUAUCCGAAGGCACCGAUGCCAAUUUCGGAUUGCCUGGCAUCGGCCUUGGCGCACGCUCAAGAAAACGAGCAUGCCGUCCGCUCGAGCUUCCUGGCAUGACCGUUCUCCUGAACGACAACAUGAUUCCUCCAAACAAGCCGCGAAUCUGGGAGAAGAGAGGUUGGACUUUCCAAGAAGGACUGUUUUGCGGACGAGCACUGAUAUUUGAAUACGGGGGAACGGUUAGCUGGAAGUGCGGGAGGGAGUUCUGGGACGAGACAUAUGCCAUGGCAUCGGAGUCACUGGAUUGGGUGUAUGAUGAUCCGAAGGACGGCGCUCCGGACUGGCGAUACUUUGGACUGGCGAGCCUCAACUUCAAUUGGCCUGAUAUGAGACGGUGGUGCGAAAUGGCCGAGGAAUACUACGUCCGGGAGCUGACAUAUGACUAUGAUGCGCUCAACGCGCUAGCGGGGACCUUAUCGGUGGUGAAUAAGACGUCGCCUGGGGGAUUUAUUUGGGGCCUGCCAGCUUAUUUCUUUGACAUAUUCCUGCUAUGGGACGUAACCUGUGGAGAGGAAGACAAUCUGUCUCAACGACGAGACCCAACUGCUGGAAUCCCGACCUGGUCAUUUCUCGGAUGGAAAGGCGGCGAGCUCGACACUCUCUGGUGGCGCUUUAGCAUGGAUCACACCUUCAUUGAAGAUUUGGUGCGUGGCUUUGGUCACGACGUGAUCGUGACCCCAACGGUUAAGAAAUGGUUCCUCGAAGAUCAGGCCACGGAGAACUUUAUACCAAUCGACAAUCACUUCCACACUGCGAGGUCGCAGCCUUCAGAAUACAUAUGCUCUGAAUGGAGGACGCACGAGAGUGACUGGGGGACAUCUUACUCGCAUCCUUCCCUGGGUGAAGGGACCCAGUUUCGAUAUCCUGUUCCUUGCCUGCAAACAAUCAACUCCGAUAUACCAAUUAAACAUGGUCACUCCAGAAAUCUCCGUUUCGAGACCAGAAUGGGCUCUUUUAGCAUCGGGGAUGUUAUCGUUAAAGGAGACGGCCAGUCAGGUGACGUAAAUGCCACUCAUGCCACACUUCUGAACAUGGAUGAUACCUGGGCUGGAGCUAUCCGUCUACCACCUUCUCACAUGAAAGGAUCAAAGCAGACUCACCCUCGGCAAAGGAUUGACCUUAUCGAGGUAGCAGCUGGCCAGGUCCAGGAAGAUGCCUGGCCUAAAAUUCUACAGUCGCACGGCUACUCUUACCACAUUCCGGAAUGGGACUGCGAGGACCGGCCUAAAGCCACAAAACUCUAUGAAUUUUAUUUUGUCUUCUGGGUAGAGUGUGAAGAUGGAGUUGCAUAUCGCAAGGCUUUGGGGAGAGUGGAGAAGCAGGCUUGGUUGCGAGUAGCUCAAGAGCACGUGCACGUUACAUUAGGUUGAGUACAAAACGUGUCGAAACUUGGGAACAAGCCUGUAGGCGACUUGCAGAUACAAAUCUAACAGGUCACAAGUCCAAUUUCUUGGAGGCUAUAACGUCAAAGCAUGCCGUUACAAGGAGGAUUCUACACUACUGCUUGCCAAGGUAGGUGGGUACAAUCAGUUAGGGAAUUUCUUCACGAUUCCCUUCCAAAUAGCUAUCAAGGCUCAAGGCUCGGCCGUUUGUCUACCACUAUGGUUUAUAUGCGCUGAUAAGUAUCACUACAUACAACUUUCAGGCGCUGCCAAAGCCAACCCCAGAUGAUUGCGUGCAUUCUGACACGAUACAUGUUGUCUAGAAUUUCAUAGAAUGUCAUAUUACAUAUAGAUGAUGGUUUUCAGCAUAGCGAUGUCCAAACCUGGAGGUUUUGGGAUAAGAAAAUGAC